CUCCUGCACAAAGAGAAUAGCAAUCAAGUACAUCCAUCAACCAUGUUUUUCUGUCUCCUUCAGAAAUUAAACAGAGGACAUGGCAACAGGAAAUCACUCCACAGUAGCUGAGUUUCUCCUCGCUGGGUUAACUGACAAACCAGAGCUCCAGCUGCCCCUCUUCCUUCUCUUCCUAGGAGUCUAUGUGCUCACAGUGGUGGGGAACCUGGGCAUGAUCACACUAAUUGGGCUCAGUUCUCACCUGCACAUCCCCAUGUACUAUUUUGUCAGCAGUCUGUCCUUGAUUGAUUUGUGCCAUUCUACUGUGAUCAUCCCCAAAAUGCUGGUGAAUUUUGUGACAGAGAAGAACAUCAUCUCCUACCCUGAAUGCAUGACUCAGCUCUAUUUCUUUCUCAUUUUUGCCAUCUCAGAGUGUUACAUGUUGGCUGUAAUGGCCUAUGACCGCUAUGUGGCCAUCUGUAGCCCACUGCUUUACCAUGUCAUCAUGUCCUCCCAGACCUGCCUUUCCUUGAUUUUAGGGGUGUAUAUUAUAGGUGCAGUUUGUGCAUCAGCUCAUACAGGUUGCAUGAUUAGGAUUCGUUUCUGCAAAAUGGAUGUGAUCAACCAUUAUUUCUGUGAUCUUAUAUCUAUUCUAAAACUCUCCUGUUCUAGCACUUACAUCAAUGAAUUACUGAUUCUAGUCUUUAGUGGGAUUAAUAUCCUUGCCCCCAGUAUGACCAUACUUAGUUCCUACAUCUUCAUCAUAGCCAGCAUCCUGCGCAUUCGCUCCACUGAGGGCAGGGCCAAAGCCUUCAGCACAUGCAGCUCCCACAUCUCAGCUGUUGCUCUCUUCUUUGGAUCUGCUGCAUUCAUGUACCUGCAGCCAUCAGCAGUCAGCUCCAUGGACCAAGGAAAAGUGUCCUCUGUGUUUUACACCAUUAUUGUGCCCAUGCUGAACCCUCUGAUCUAUAGCCUGAGGAACAAAGAUGUCAAUGUUGCCCUGAAGAAAAUGCUGGAGAAAAGAAAAUUUCUGUGA